AUUUUCUUUUUUUUUUUUUAUUUGAAUUGGACUGUCUUUUUUUUUAGCGAGCUGUUUCAAUUCAAUAUUGACUUUUGCGGAGGUGUGUGGAAUUGAGCAAACACGGAAACUGAACAUCACACUUUCUAAACAUUGCAUCUGUCAGUAUCGCUUUGUACACGUUUCCACCUGUAAGCUGCCAUGGACUGGCAGUGGGCUUGGCUCUGGGCCCUGGGGGUCCUGCUCUGGCUCCCCCAGUGCUGUGUGGCCAUGACUGCAGAGGAGAAGACCCAGAUCAGGGACCAGAUAUUAGAGAUGUUUGAUCAUGCAUAUGGAAGCUACAUGAAAUAUGCCUAUCCUGCAGAUGAGCUCAUGCCUCUCAGCUGCAAAGGCCGUGUGAGAGGCCUCGAACCCAACAGGGGUGACAUCGACGACUCGCUGGGAAAGUUCUCUCUCACACUAAUUGACACUUUGGACACCCUUGUGGUGUUGAACAAGCUAGAGGAGUUUGAGGAAGCAGUGAAGAGGGUGACGAAAGAUGUUAGGCUGGACAAUGACAUUGUUGUGUCCGUUUUCGAGACCAACAUCCGCGUCCUGGGUGGUUUGUUGGGGGCACAUGUGAUGGCAGACAUGCUCCGAGGGCAGGGAAAGAGGAUGCAGUGGUACCAGGACGAGCUGCUCCAUAUGGCCAAGGAGCUGGGUUAUCGGCUGCUGCCUGCCUUUAACACCACCAGUGGCCUUCCUUACCCCAGGGUCAACCUGCGCUAUGGUGUCCUUAACCCACUCUCACGCACAGGCACUGAGUCAGACACCUGCACAGCAUGCGCAGGGACAAUGAUCCUGGAGUUCGCUGCGCUCAGCCGGCUGUCCGGGGAGGCUGUGUUUGAGGAACACGCGAGGAAAGCUCUGGAUGUGCUGUGGGACAAGCGGCAGAGAGGAAGUGACCUCGUGGGCACCGUCAUCAACAUCCAUAGUGGAGACUGGGUUCGCAGGGACAGCGGUGUUGGCGCUGGCAUAGACUCCUACUACGAGUACCUCAUGAAAGCCUACAUUCUGUUAGGGGACAACGUGUAUCUGGAACGGUUCAACACGCACUACAGUGCCAUCAUGAAGUACAUCAGCCAGCCACCCCUGUUGCUCAGCGUGCACAUGCACAACCCCACUGUCAGCGUGCGUAGCUGGAUGGACUCCCUCCUCGCCUUCUUCCCUGGCCUACAGGUGCUCCGGGGCGAUCUGAAACCAGCCAUUGAGACUCAUGAGAUGCUCUACCAGGUCACCCAGCAGCACAAGUUCCUUCCUGAAGCUUUUACCACAGAGUUCAGAGUUCACUGGGGUCAGCACCCACUACGGCCAGAGUUUGCAGAAAGCACCUACUUCCUUUACAAGGCCACAGGUGACCCCUACUAUCUGAAGGUGGGCCAGUCCAUCGUGGAGAAACUCAACGCUCACGCUAGGGUACCUUGUGGCUUCGCUGCUGUGCAGGAUGUGCGGACUGGGACCCACGAAGACAGAAUGGAUUCCUUCUUCCUGGCGGAGAUGUUCAAGUACCUGUACCUUUUGUUCUCUGAGAAGAGCCAGCUGCCAAUUGACAUUGACAACUACAUAUUCACCACGGAGGCCCACCUGCUGCCGGUCUCUCUGUCCACCACGCAGUCACCAUGCCGGGGCAACAGCACGGUACAGCAGCCCAUUUUGCCUGCUGAAGAGGACAUCUUUACUUACUCUUGCCCCAGUGCCCAGAUCCUCUUCCCCAAUAACCCCUCUUUUGCCAAGACCAUCCGGGACAGCUAUAAGUACCUCACAGGGGUGGGCAGGGCCCCCCACGCUGCCGCAGUCAGGGGCAUCGAUUUGCCGCUGCAUGACAACGGCAUGGAACCGGUGGAGUUCCUCAAAAGUAUGGGCAUCUCGCUGACCAAGCUCAAUGACAUUAGCAGCAUGGCUGCACCUCCUGAGUCUGGAGGACAGAAAGGCACUUACAGGGUCAAGCUGAUAGCUGAGGUGAGCCAGACCCCUGAGGAAGAGGAAGUGGUGCCUCUGGUCGUUCAACUCAUCUCCCCACCGUUUCUGGGCAGGACAGUGCUGACUGCUGGGCCUGCCAAGUUCGGCAUGGACCUUACAAAGGAAGAACAUGGGGUAAAGGGCAGCAUAGUGAAGAGUGCCCCCUACAGUGCCUGUGGGUCCAUAGAAAAUGCAGAAGAGCUGCAUGGCAACAUUGCCCUAGCCCUGCGUGGGGACUGCAUGUUUGCUGCCAAGGCCCGGAGACUCCAGGAGGCAGGGGCCAUCGGCGUCAUCUUCAUUGACCACAGAGAAGGAAGCAGCAGUGAAGAAACGCCACUGUUCCAGAUGGUGGGUGACGGGGGCUCCACAUCCGACAUCACCAUCCCCUUGGUGUUCCUCUUCAGCCGGGAGGGAGAUGUGCUGACCAGAGCCCUGGAGGAGCACCGCAAUGUGGACGUGCUGCUGCUGCCCAGAGAGAGGCAGAUGGGCCGAGAGAAACCAAGUCAGCCUCUGGGCAUGAACAUCAAGAUCCGCUUGGCCAAAGAUGGUGAGCAGCUAACUGGAGCGAGCAAGGGUGCCACCAUCCAACUGUUGCUGGAGCCCAGUGAGGAGGAAGAAGAGGAAGAAGAAGGUUUGGGUGGAGCUUCUGACAGCUGCAACCAAAAGGCAUCCCAUCCCUCAAGCCCGUGCUUGGAUGAACAGACUGAUUCUUCUGAACAUGGGCAGCAGCUGCCGUCACCCUCCCCACCAACCACAGACCAACAGAGUGACCCCUGACAGUGGCAGCACAGAGACAUGCAACUCUGCCAACCAGUGGUUGGGCACUAUUACCCAGCCUGCAGUGCUGUGUAGUGCUCACAGAAAGGGGUCUCAGCUUCUGCCCCUCAAUUGACUAAGGGGUGUUAUGUUGGAGUCCAACAUGCUGACAUCCCUUUUUCCUAAUAAUUUUCUUAGCGUUGUACUGCCAGUAAGAAUUGGCGAUGUUAACUGAGCACAAGAUGGCCACGCCCUUAUAAACUCCCAGUGUUUAACACUGCUGAUUUUAUUGUGUAACUGUCCAAAUAAUGUAUUAAUUCACGGAGCACGGAGGAGGAUCCCUCCGCACAAGCACAGAGUGCGGCUGCCACGGAAUUCACUUCUUGUUUAUGAUGUGAUAACCUACCUGGUCUAAUUGUGGCAAAGGAAGCGAAGUGGGUGUGGGUUGAUUAGCUUACCAAACAAAAAUGAAGAGUCAGUUCUUGGCUCCUUAAGCUGAUGGCUUCAGUCAGUGUCUAAGGAGUAGAUUAAACUUUUUAAUGGCCCAAGCGGCAUUGCCUACUGGGCUGGCUGCUGUCAUGGCAACAUCAGAUCAUGUCCCAGGUGGUAGUGGCCAGGAGUUAUCUAUUAAGUCACAGACAAGUUGUCUGGUACUCCUUAUUAAGGAUAACUUUUAGUCUUAUGGUUGGGGGCAGUUGAUGGGGAGUUCAGCUGUGUUUAUCCUGUAGCGAAACAUCAGGGAGAAAUGUGGAGUUCAACACUUGAACUUUAGAGAUGGGAGCAAAUGCAUUAGUUCCUGUUUUACUAAAGGCUAAAGUGUGGCAUAAGUGGGUUCAGUUUGUUUAUUUUGUGUCUGAUUUCCUCUCCAUAGUAAAGGCAUGACCAUAUGGAGCUGGCUCUGUUGAUCCUCUAACUCUGUAUCGCACUCUGGGCCUGCUGCUAACUGCCAUUACCCUGGAGCUCCUGACUGAACCUGGUCCUCUCAGUACCCACAUGGUUCUGGAUACACUUCCUCAUAACUUUUAAUUUGUAACUGCAGUGGCUGGAGCAUUCAGGGACUGUGUGAAGUCACUAUUAUGACUUGUCCCUGUUCAGGGCAUGGAGGUAAGAGCCUGUCUUGGAAUGAUUAGGUGCAAGGUUUGGGGGGAACUCCAUGGGAUACCAGUCCAUUGUAAGGAAACCAUGUGUGUGAAGUCCUGUGACAUAUAUUCAUUUAAAAAAAAAAAAAAAAAAAAAAAAAUGAAGGUUUAUCCAUGGAAAACUGCUGGAACCCAUUAGCACUGCUCUAAUAGUCCUGUAGCUGCAUCAGGAAAGCAUAGCAAAUAGCUUGGAAUAUGAUGGAUAGCUGACAUUUGCACAUAACCAGUAUCGGGGGGACAACUUAAAUGCCAGCGAUCUGUCGGCAUCUGCAAAUUAUGCAUACUUUUUUUCUUUUCAACUGUAAAUUAAAAAUAAUUGUGACAAGUGGCAUUUGCUAUUUAACAAGGGUCGAGUGUCAAAAAGGCCUAGGGGUUGGAGCUGCAUUUUGACCCCAAUGCCUUGCAUUAAACAUUGAAGAGGGGAGUGUGCCUGUGGCUGACUCUUUGUUCUGUUUUCAUUUUCUGCACCCUCUUUAUUGAAAUGCAGUGUCACUUUGUGCACCUCUGUACGUGUGAUUCUCUUAAGGGCUGACUUUUUUUUUUUUUUUUUUUUUUUUUUUUUCUUUUCCUCCCCCCCCCCCCCUUUCUCUCUCUCACACAGACCUGGUGGCAAAUAAUGUAGGUUUUCCUUAUGUUUGUUCUUACUCCAGCACCUCUGAAUGAUGCAGAUUACAAAUGAUCAGUGGAGUUUGAAGUGCCAAAGUGCUGAAAAUCCUGUUUCUGUCAUUUGAUGUGGUUCCACUAUACUGUUUUAAGUGUUAAAUGCUGACAGUAGAGAAGACUGCAUUUGGCAAUAAACUGGAAAGAUGGACCUAUCUCUAGUGCUAUUUGUGUCUUUCCUCUGUGAUGAGGUGUUAAAAUUGAGAGAGAUUUAGCAAAAUUUUCACAAUGAAAAAAACACUUGUGUGCAAAUCAAGACUUUAAUUCCUUCUUUCUGUACGAGUCCUCCUAUGUGGGGUCCGGUCCGCGCGGCUUCAUCCCCCAAAUGACACCUGUCAUUAACGCUCAGCUGUAGGCCGGACUCGGGCGCACACUCGACUGGUUUCAUCGAUCUAUUUUGGGUCAGUUACGUUUAACGGGUGUCCUGGUAUUACUGGGUCAUCCUCAGGGCUCACUCAAAAUAAAAUCACGUUUAUUCACUUGCUGAUCUUGUCAAAGCAGACGCGACGGGUACACCAAAUAUACACAUUUAUUCAACCACUCAGAACUUCACCAUCCCGAAGCCUAUAAAAUACAUUCUUUGGGGGAGAUUGCUGAUGAAGAAAAAAGGGAAUUCCAUCAAGUAAGUAGGACGUGUCAUAUAACUUAACAGAAACGUCAGAAAUGCGUGAUGGAUAUGCUAAAUUCAAACUGUAUAGUUCAAUGUGUUCAGGAUAACGAUAAAUCUGUGUUUUCUGUCCUGAUUCCCAUUCAUUUUAGUCACUCAACUCAAAAUUGCCUUUUUUUUUUUUUUUUUUUUUUUGCUUGAUAUGCAGGCCAGUCAGACUGUAUGUUAGUAAAAUAAUGUGCACAUGGGUAGCUUUGUCUUUUUGUGUGUGUGUGUAUAUAUAAAUUAUACAUCA